AUGCUGGAAGACUUAAAAGAAGACGAUUUUUACAAAUUAGAAUGGGCACUUAUUAAAGGACAUGAUAUAAAUAUACAAAUAGGACAACUAGUUAGAUCUGUAAUUGAUGGAGACUUUAAAACGGUAUUUUCAUCCCCAGAAAUACGAGAAAUUUUAGGAGAAAAUGAAGGUCAUGUAAAACUUCCAGAAAUACUUAAAACAAAUAUAGCAAUAUAUUUUAAAGAUAUAUUUUCAAAAAUUCCUUCUACACUGGAAGGAGAGUUAAUGAUUCUUUUACUUGGCAUUUCAUCAAUUCAUGCAUUUAUACAAAUUCAUUUUACAGGACCCAAACCUAUGUUUGAUUCAUAUAUUUUAUUUCCUAAAAGAUGGGAAACGAUACUUAAUAAGUCAGAUUUUGAAAAAAAUGCUUUAAAAUGCUUAGAAAUUGAUAAUGUAUAUCCAUAUCAUCUUAUUCAGUCUCCUACUUUUUUAUUAGUAUCAAAGCUUGCAUUUUCAAACAUAUUUAAAUAUAGUAAAACGUAUUUAUGGUGGAGAGCAAGAAUCGAUUUCAUCCAUCAGCGUAUUUUAGACGAGCAUGUAGCAGUACUUCAUGACUGUAUUUUUAAAAAUAUGGAAACUAUAGCAAAAGAAUGUGAAAAACAAGAAUAUUAUAUUCGUGCUUGUUAUGCACUUGAGAUAGGCUUAUAUUUGAAUUAUUAUGGACGGAACUCUAUUUCUUUUGACUUUAUUAAAAAUGCAGCAAAAGAAACUGGUCUAAAAUGGAUUUUAACAGGAUUUUUAGGUCGUAGAACGAAAUUCCAAACAUUUGAUAUAAGUCAACUUGUAUUAAUCGCAAAAGGAGAAAAUAAUAUUGAAAAAACAUUGGAGACAAUUCACAAAAUACCUAAAAUACUUGAUUUAAAUGAUGAUACACUUCUUGAAACAAUAUCAUUUAAACCUAAAGAAGUAAUUUCUUCUGAAUCAAUUGAAAAUGAUAAUAUUCCAGAAUCUUUAAAAAAUACUGACCCUAAUAAUCCCUCACUUCUCAGUCCUUUGGAUGCAUGCAUUUUAUUAGCUCUAACUUUAUUUAUUAAAAAUACAAACCCUAAUGAUGGACUAACAAUGGAAGAAAUGGCACCAUAUACAGAAAGAGUAUUAAAACAUCCUAUAAAUUGGACUGUAUAUAGCAUGGCACUUCUUAUACGCUGUAGAUUAGAAGCAGGAAAAGGAAGAACUAUGGAACGAAGUGUUUUACAAUUGCAAGUUCUUGUUGAUCAACUAUUAGAUGAUAUAGAUUCUAUAAAUGAUUUUACAAAUAAUUUGCAAAACAAUACAUCAUUUUUGCGAAAACCAUUAUCAUGCGGAGAAUCUGCAUCUGUAAAAGAAAGAUUGACAUAUGGAUGGCAGCUUUUACUUCUUCCCCGUUGGACUUUAGAAGAAGAAUUGGCUAAUAGAUAUUUAUCUAUAGGUAUGAUUAAAUCAGCAUUAGAAAUUUUUGAAAGGUUAGAAAUCUGGGAAAAAAUUGCAUUGUGUUGGACAGCAUUAAACAAAGAAAAUAAAGCAAUUGAAGUUCUUACUUCACAACUUGCAUUAGAACCCAAGAAUCCUAAACUAUGGACACUUCUUGGCGAUAUACAAAGAAACCCAAGUCACUGGAUAAAGGCUUGGAAUGUUUCUGGUAAUCGAUAUGCUAAAGCUCAAAGAUCUCUUGGGAAAUUUUAUUAUUCAGAAAAAAAAUUUAAAGAAAGCGCAGAAGCAUUCAGGUUAUCAUUAGAUAUAAACCCUUUAAAUUAUGCUGCAUGGUUUACUUAUGGAUGUUGCCAUUUAGAACUAAAUAAUUGGGAAAUGGCAUCAGAAGCUUUUACUCGUUGUGUUAGUUUAGACCCAUCUGAUGGAGAAAGCUGGAAUAAUUUAGCCUUGUCAUUUCUUAAAUAUAAUCCUCCAAAAAAGUAUGAUGCAUGGAAUGCAUUAAGACAAGCACUUAGUAAUUCUUACGAGUCAUGGAGAAUAUGGGAGAAUUAUUUAACAAUAUCUUUAGAUAUAGGUGAAUGGAAUGAAGUAGUAAGAUCUAUAAAUAGAUGCAUAGAUUUAAGAGCGCAUAAAAUAGGCGAGAAUAUUAUCGAUACAAAAAUUCUAGAUAUACUUGUAAAAGAAAUAAUAAAAAAUGAAUAUACAGGAAAAGAGAGAGGAUUUUUAAGACAUGCUAUUGAUUUAAUAACAGUUAAAAUACCUCCUUUAAUAACAUCGAACCCAUUAUUAUGGAAAUUUGUAGCUAAAAUAAAUAUUUGGAGAAACAAACCAUUAGAUGCCCUGGAGGCUUAUAUAAAAUCAUAUCAUAUAUGGAUAUCUAAGUCAGAUAUAAAUACUAAUAAAGAUGUAUGGACAGGAACCGUAGAAUCAGCAGUGGAAUUAAUUGAUACAUAUAAAAAUUUUGGUUUAAUAAAAGAUCAUACAGAUAAUUUAAUUAUCUCUGAUUGGAAAUUUAAGGCAAAAAGUAUUCUUCGAACAUUAAAAGGAAAAGGCCAAAUGUUUUGGACUGAAUCUAAAGAACUUGUUAUAAUUAAUGAAUAUUUAAAAGAAUUUCAAAAUAUCUAG